AUGACGGAAGAAAAGAAACAGAAUUUGAGCUCAGAGAAUUUCAACUCAACGGCAAACUUAACAAGCAAUGCAGUAUAUCCAUCAACUCUUACUAUAACGUCUAGAGAUGUCAAUGAUGAAAAAGCAUACAAUCCAUUCGAACAUCGUCAAGUUAAACAUCCUAAUUCCGUACUUGGUUCAAUUGCGCAUCUUAUCAAAGGAUGUCUUGGUACUGGAAUUCUGGCAAUGCCAGCGGCUUUCAAGAAUUCAGGUUUAAUUACUGGAUUAAUUGGAACACUGAUUGCUGGCUUUCUUUGUACACACACAGUGCAUAUAUUUGUUAGGGCAUCGCAGGAGUUGUGUGUGCUAGCAAAGAAGCCAUCCAUGGGAUAUGCGGAGACGUGUGGCGCUGCUUUUACGUAUGGACCAAAAGGACUACGUUCAUGGGGUGGGACCGUAAAGAAUAUUGUUGAUUAUUCAAUGACUUUAACAUAUUUAAGUCUGGUCUGCGUCUACGUCAUAUUUAUAGGAUCGUCAUUUAAAGAGGUAUUAGACUACUACAUACCCAAUCACAGUCUAUCAAUUCAAACGUAUUGCGUCCUUACAUUAGUACCGUUAGUUCUUAUCGCUCAGAUAAGAAAUUUGAAAUAUUUAGUCCCCUUCUCAGCGAUCGCCAAUUUCCUGAUCAUAAUUGUAUUCGUUAUUACAAUGUAUUAUGUCUUUAUGGAUUUGCCACCCAUUACCGAAAGGAAUAUGGUUUCAGAUGUUGCUCAGUGGCCUUUGUUCCUAAGUACUGUUAUAUUUGCAAUGGAGGGUAUUGGCGUAGUUAUGCCAGUUGAAAACGAAAUGGCUAAACCUCAGAAGUUUCUUGGUUGCCCUGGUGUGCUUAAUACAGCCAUGACUGUUGUCAUUACUUUGUAUGCUAUUGUUGGCUUCUUCGGGUACGUUCAGUAUGGAGAUGAAGUAAAAGGAAGUGUGACAUUGAAUCUACCACAAGAUGAAAUUCUAGCGCAAAGUGCCAAAAUAAUAAUGGCCGUGGUAAUGUAUCUAUCAUUUGCACUGCAAUUUUACGUACCAAUGGAGAUGAUAACUAGACUUUUAGACAAGAGGACGUCGACUAAUUACGAAAAUGUGAUUCAAAUUAGUAUAAGGACAAUACUCAUUACAAUUAGCGUUGCGAUCGCGGCGAUUUUUCCUAAUCUCGAGCUGGUCAUCAGCUUAAUUGGGGCUGUUUUCUUCUCGACUCUUGGUUUGUUUAUACCUGCAGCGGUUGACACAGUCUUCCUUUGGGAUAGAGGUCUUGGUAAAUUUAAUUACGUCCUCAUCAAAAACACACUAAUUGCGCUAAUUUCGAUCAUCGCCCUCGUGUCUGGUUCCUACGUGUCUGUGGCUGGAUUGAUUGAAGACAUGUCCGGUCACGGCACCCAACAUAACGUCACGGUGUAA